UUGUAGAUCUGCCGGGGUUAUCAGAGAGCAUUUAAGCUUCCAAACCCGACGGAUUGUGGCGCAGAAGUGUUUGGGGUGUCAUUGAAAGAAAUUCCACGACCACAUUAAAUCAUCAAUAUGGACCACAUCACUGAACGAGUGACCGGGGGCCUUGACCAAGCUCGGGAGGCCUUCCAUGAGCUGUGUCAAAUGGCCAUGGCCUUAGAAUCUGAGCGAGAGGAAAAGAGGUCCAUUGCCAUUGCCCGAUUCGAGGCCAUGAGGACAUACACCUUGAGGCUUCGAGAGAAGCACAGAGUCCUCCGGGCGAAAUAUAUCAACAUGGUCGAGAUGUAUAACGCUUUGGCGGAGGCUGCUCACGACCGAAGUGACUCAAGUUCCAGCUCAGACGAGGAACGCGACGAUACCUGUUCCAUUAUGUAAAACUUAAACUUCAAAAUCCAUCAAAGAGAGGACAUCAACGCACUAAAUUUGGCAUUAUUCAAGUUUGCGAGCAACUCUAACAAGGAAUCGAAAAAAGAUCCAAUCUUCAAAUCCUAGCAUGCAAAGAAUGGCUAUGGAACAAUAGUGGAACAAUGGCCCUCGUUGGUCGGAACACGUCAUUUGAAGCUUUUUUUCACCCCGUCAUUCCCUAUCUAUUCCCCCUGGUUCGACAUUCCCUCUCGUCUUGCUAUUUAUCUAAACGAGAGGGAAUCUUAUCUGGGGGAAUAGGUAGAACUUGGAACGAUGGGGGACAAAAAGUUCAAAACGACGGAGCUCGAGAACGAGGAUUAUUGUAGCACAUUGCUGAUAACGAUUCCUUGCCGGAAUAAGGCGUUUGAGAAUCUCAUUGGUGGCUCUUGUUUCCCUUAUGAGUAAUAUUAUGUAAACUUUGGAUUGUGGAAGUUUACACAAUGUUCAAGCACAAGGGAAGCAAAAGGUCCCAACGAAAUUGAGCAAACGCAAGAUUCUGAAUUGUGGAUUUGAAGAGGGUAGCUUCUCUCAAUACCCGUUAGACGGCAUGCACAAACUAAAUUUCAUGUCUACAUAACAGAUCAUGUGUCAAAUGUUCAUCUCAUGUAUUGAAUUAAAAUUGGAUUAUACUGA